AUGUUAGAUACAACUUCUGUUCUGGCGACAGAGAUAGAUAUACCAAGCAAAGGUAACAGUUCAUUCACCACGUACACUCUUGUCUCAAUGGGUUUGCUCACAAGGAGGUCGGUGUUAACCGACCUUGUCUCAAUGCCAAAUCAUGGAGAAAGCUGAAGUUGCGGACAAGAUCAUAGAUAUAGAUUACGACGCAGAGGGCUCUUCACUUAAUAUGAUACUCAAGUCUCUGUGGCAAAUUAGCGUUUUUGCAAGACAGAACAACGUACGUCACGACUUUACAGGAUCGCUUCUUAAGGAAGAUAUACUUCGUCUCUCUUUUAUCAACAAUCUCAGUCUUACUCAACCUCUGGAAGCAAAUAAUGUCUUUGACCUGUUUGUAUACAUCUUGGAUAAUUUUCCUCCUUGGAACCCGUACUUUGAACUGUACGAAGUGGCAAAGAAGAGUUGCAAUAGAUGCAAGAUUGAUAUGGAGUAUCCGAUUAAACGUUGUUAUGGUAUGAUCAUCAAUGCUGGUUCACUCAGAGAAGUCAAGGCAAUGUUCGAGAAGUUUACAUUCGAGAAGAUCAUUCAGGUCAUCAGAAUAGACUUAAAGAUGCCUUGUGAUAAGGAAGGAUGUGAGAAACGAAACUAUGUUCAACGUAUGAUAUAUAAACCUCCAACUGUUUUCACAAUUGCACUUGAGUGGGAGAACAAUGAGACUGAAGGAGAGAUAUUUGAUACUACUUCUGUUCUGAAGACUGAGAUUGAUAUUAAUACGAUAUACCAAUACAAGGGUGACAGUGCAGUCACUAAAUACCGUCUUGCCUCAAUGGUUUGCUCGCAUGGAGAUCUAUACAACUGUGUAGCUUAUGAAAACAAUCGAUGGGUCAGACAUUUUUGUUCUGAGAAAGAGGUUAUUGGAGACUGGAAUGAUGUUCUCAGCAAAUUUCGGAACCUGCAUAUUCGACCUGAGAUUCUCUUUUUUGAAAAUGCUAUGCAGAGGGACCAGUUGGUAUCAAAAGUAUCUGAAGACUAAGUAUAUACAACAAGUGUUUAGAAUGUUGUUGCACCACUGUGAACAGAUUGUUAUGAUCAUUGGAUAAAGAUAGUUAAAAACCAUUCUUUCAAAUUCAACACUUUUGUUAUGCAAACUCACUCUGCAUUUCUUCUGAUGUAUUGUUUGGUCAGUGGUAAAAACACUUGUGUUUAGUUUC